AUGCGGUUCCGCACAGAGCUCAAAAAUAUACGCACAUUUGCGAAGCUCACUGCAGCGCUCUCUUCACUAGAGAAGAUUGCCUGGGUCCGUCUUAGCGAUGACAUUGCUCGCUUCACCGUCAUCCCGGACAUGGGAUCGCAAGUCUGGGCGUCCCUAUCAAUGGACCUCAUCUUCGAAAGCUAUCACAUCCAGUCAGCAGACUCCCACAACACGAUCAACCUUGAACUACCCCUGCAGCCACUCCAGAGAGCGCUCAAGUCUGCGCUGAACAGCAUAUCAGCAUCCCUACGGCUUACCAAGAAGGAUGGGCUGCCUAUUCUCUCAAUGACCAUCACAACUACCACCUCCCACGCGUCGAGCGCUGCCGCUGCGGCGGCAGCAGCUGCCAGAUCCGCCACCGACGAUCCCUAUGGCGACGACGUCUUUGAGCCAGAGCAUCUCGAAACUUCCUUGCGCAGAGAGCACGAAAAGGUCAUCACUCAGGACAUUCCUGUCAGAGUGCUUCAUCCGGAAACCGUCGAGACAAUCAUGCAACCAAAGGUCCGCGAACCAGAUGUCCACAUUCAGCUUCCACCGUUACUGCAGCUCAAGGCGAUUUCAGAUCGGUUCACAAAGUUGGCUCUCACGGGAGCAAAUCCUUCAAAGGCGCCCAAGUUGGAGCUGAGCGCCAACAUGCACGGUAGUCUGCGGUUAAGGAUUGCCACCGAGUCAACUGACAUCUGCAGUGUGUGGUCUAAUCUGGAGAAUCCUCAGUUGGAUCCCGCACAGCUCAACAGACCCGUCGAGGAUCAUCCAAGCACCAAAUUCCGUGAAGAGGGGCCCGACAGGUGGGCCACUGUUCGGGUUGAUGGCAAGGAUUGGAGCCGUGUCUUGAGCGUUGGCCGUUUAGAAGGUCGAGUUAUUGCCUGCUUUGCCGAUGACCAUGCUUUGAUCCUCUAUGUUUACGUGCCGCAAUACGAUGGCGAAUCUGCAGAGGAUUCGGUUGUUACGUAUUAUGUACAAUCUUACAGCAUGUAA